UAAAAUGGUUGUCAUCUAAAAUGACAGCUCUGGUAGGGGCUGAGCAGGCAGCUUAAGAGUACAAUGAUACCUUGGUGGGAAAGACUAGGCUUUUUUCUGGUCCUUUGAUUCCUCAGGUGUCAUUUUAAUUUUUAUUGUUUAAGCUUGAGAACAGCCACAUUCACUUUCAACUUGUGGGCAAAUGCCUAAUGAGGGGGAGAAGAUGACUUGGCUGAAUGCCUCCUCCUCUUUUUGCCUUUUAAAUGGUUCUCUUGCCACCUCUAUUCUAGCUGAAGCCCCGUUCUUGCUUCAGCUCCUCCUGUGUGAUUGAUUUAGUAGCCUUUCCCCAAGUCCCCAGUUAUGUCGCCUCUCCCAUUAACGUUAAUGAAAAUGCGCCUGCUGGCACUGAGCCCAGGGCUAAGGGAAGAUAAUUUCUUGCUGCUUUUCUCUGAGCUGUCUUGCAGUUUAUUUGUUAAUACCGUGUGGAGAGGAGAGCAGAUAAGCUGCUUUGGGCAUAAAUCAUGGCACGAAGGCGUUAGUUUCCUGUCGUGUAAAUGGCCACAGAACCAGACUGCUCCAUGCAAAGGAGAAUGUGGUCCUUGGAUUACACGGGAUCCUGUCACUUACUACACUGCUCUACACAUUGCUGUCCUCCGCAACCAACCUGACAUGGUAGAGCUGUUGGUGCAUCAUGGGGCUGACAUUAACAGGAGAGAUCGGAUCCAUGAGAGCAGCCCCCUGGACUUGGCCAGUGAGGAACCUGAGCGACUACCCUGCUUGCAACGACUCCUGGAUCUUGGGGCUGAUGUUAAUGCAGCUGACAAGCAUGGAAAGACAGCUUUGCUUCAUGCACUAGCCAGUAGUGACGGGGUCCAAAUCCAUAACACCGAGAACAUCAGACUCUUGUUGGAAGGAGGAGCAAAUGUAAAGGCUACUACCAAAGAUGGUGACACGGUUUUUACGUGCAUUAUCUUCCUACUUGGUGAAACAGUAGGAGGUGACAAAGAAGAGGCCCGUAUGAUUAACCGGUUCUGCUUCCGUGUUACUCAGUUGCUCCUUGCUCAUGGAGCAGACCCUAGUGAAUGCCCAUCCCAUGAAUCUCUCACCAAUAUCUGCCUCAAGAACUUUAAGCUGCACUUUCCACUCCUGCGCUUCCUUCUGGAAUCUGGAGUCUCCUACAAUUGCUCCCUCCAUGGCCCAUCUUGCUGGUCUGGCUUCCAUAUUAUAUUUGAGAGACUUUGUUCCCAUCCAGGCUGCCCUGAAGAUGACAGCCACUCUGAACUUCUACAGAAAGCGGAGACUGUCUUGGAGCUCAUGGUAGCUAGUUCCCAGAGAAUCCAGCUGCCUAGCAACUUUGAGGUCAACCCUGCUGGCUGUCUGGCAGAAAAGAUCAAAGCCCUUUUUGCUUCCUUAAAGCAACUAGAGUACUGCCCCCCACCCCUUAAACAUCUGUGCCGGGUGUACAUCCGCCAACAGCUCCGACCUUGGCCCGUGGAUGUCAAGGUCAAAGCCCUACCUCUUCCUGACAGGCUAAAGUGGUAUCUUCUCAUUGAGCUCAAUGGUUCUAAUGAUGAUGAUGUCUGAUAUGGCCUAGGCAAGCCCCUUCAUCAUUCAUUCGUCUCCCCCCAAGUCUUGUCCUUCCUCUCCCUCCCCUGGAUCUCUGAGAUUUCCCAGGUUGAAAGGCACAAUGGUUGGUAAAGCUUUAAUGUGAGAGUUUUGACCAUUUGUGCACUGAGUCUAAGUCCCUGGGUUCGGGGUAGCCUUUCCUCAUUUUUCUCCCAUCUUAAAAAAGAGGUUUGGGAAAGACCUAGAUUCUUGCUGGGUGCUAAGAUAGAUAGGUGGGUAUUCCCUAGGGUUUCUGACUAGGGUGUUUUUGACAAUAGAAGCUUCACUCAUUUUUAAUAUAAGAUGCAUUAUUAAAGGUGGCUUUGCCCUAUGGGUGAAGGAUCCCAACUCUUGCCUGAUGGGAAUAGGCUAGGAGGAGUUUUGAUACUCUAAAUUUUCAUCUGUUUUAAGUGGGAGUUUACUUGCUGUGCAACAGUUUGUCCACUGAAGCUCACCUCUAGAUAUUGGAGGGAACAAAAAAAUCUGCCUUUGUUGGUGCAAAGACUACUGCUCUGUGAAACUUAGGUUUUUAGCAAGCAUUUGGUCUUCUGGGAGCUGUAGGGAAUUUACAUUCUUCUGGGCUGGAGAAACCACUUAGUAAAGAAAGUAAUGUUAUUCCUUCUAAUUGAAGGGAUUUUAAAAGAAUAGCCAGUUUCAGUAGCUGAAGGCUCAAAAAUUGGUUUUGUUUCAGAAUGGGAUAUGUGGGAAGGGGCAAAAAGGAAGUCAGACAUGCAAGUCUACUAUUUUUCAUCACAGGUUCUCUUAGCUGUUACUUGGCAGCUCCUGCCAAAGUGCCUUUUGGGUGGCAGGGGAAAAAAGCUACUGAAAAUUUAUAUAAAUCUACUUACUCUCCCAUGAGUGAAAGAUAAAACUCAGACCUUUGUAACAGCACUACAGAUCUAUGAGACUGGGAUGUUAGGUCACAAUGGAUUGCGUGUAAAUAGGGCUGGUUUGAGCUACCUCACCUUAUUGGGGGCUGUAAGGUAGUCUGUACAAAGAGCCUAACAUUAUUAACAUGUUGAUAAUAUCUGGAAACCCAGUGUAAGUUAUGGUCAAAGUGCCAAAACCUUCGAAGCUCUCUUAUUUCAACUGGAAAAUAAAUUGCUAUGUAUACUACUUGUGUUUAAAAGCAAUUACAAGUAUAUUCAAGUAUGUGGCCUUUUAUCAAAGUCAGUUUUGUCUUUGUGAGAGUGCUUCAAGAAUGAGAAAUCAUCAUUUAGUUUAAGUCCAGACUGAAAUGUCACUGCCAAAACCCAUAGUUAAUGUCUCCCCCCAUAAAAACCUCACCACAAAACUUUUUAAAGACAUGCUGGCCAUUUGAAAAUGUAUAACACUAUACUAUAACUGCACUGAUGUUUGGAGUAAGCUAAAGCAAUUAAAUGAGAUCUUUUGUAAAAUUAA